AUGGCAAACUCAAAAUUCGAAUAUGUGCGCAACUUUGAACAGCAAGACUCACUGCUUCCGAAUACGUGGAUCGUGGUCCGCAUCGAUGGCAGGGGUUUUACAAAGAUGUGUGCCAAGUAUGGCUUCGAGAAGCCGAACGACAGGAGAGCUCUGGAUCUCAUGAACGCGGCCGCCAAGGCCGUCGUCACAGACCUGCCCGAGAUCACAAUCGGAUACGGCAUCAGCGACGAAUACAGCUUUGUAUUUCACAAAUCUUGCAGCCUGUUUGAGCGAAGAGCCAGCAAACUCGUCAGCACCAUUGUUUCCACCUUCACUGCCAACUACGUCUACUCCUGGCCAACAUACUUUCCCGACGACCCCCUCACAUAUCCGCUGCCGACAUUUGACGGGCGCGCCGUGGUGUACCCCAGCGUCCAGAACCUGCGGGACUACCUGAGCUGGCGGCAGGUAGACUGCCACAUCAACAACCUCUACAACACCACCUUUUGGGCUCUGAUACAACUUGGCGGCUUAGACAAUAAAGAGGCCGAAAAGACAUUGGCGGGCACUCUCGCCUCCGACAAGAACGAGAUUUUGUUUUCGCGCUUUCACAUCAACUACAACAACGAGCCGGAGAUGUACAAGAAGGGCAGCGUCAUCUUCCGAGAUUACGAGCUCGUCGACGCGGACAGCAACCAAGUGGCGCAGGAGAUGGACGACCUGGCCGAGCCCGUGCAGCAGUCCAAGACGCAGGCCGAAAAGGACAAGAAGCGGCGCUCCAAGGCGCGGGUCGUGGUGGAGCAUCUAGACAUCAUCAAGGAUGACUUUUGGGACCGUAGACCGUGGAUCCUGUCAGGCAAACCGGGCAAGGCUCCGAAAGAGACGUGA